UAACUUUCUUUUUUUUUUGAACGGGAAUUAACUUUCUUUCAACCCGAUAAAUUCCGAUUAGACCCGACCGACCAAAUUUAGUUUUGGGUUUAGCUUACAGACCAGGUGAGCUUUUUAUUAUAUAAAUAUAUGGCGAUUAGGGCAUUAACUGUGCCUCUGCAGUUCAAGAAAUGUGAUAUAUUUGGCGAAAGUUGUUUGAAAAUAAUUCCGAUUCAUAGUACAAUUGUUCGUAUAAAGCCGAUGGUGAUUGAAGCAAGAGCUAGAACGAGGGUAGAAAGUCCAAAAGUUCGGAAUAGAAGAUUACAAAAAAAGUACAAUGGUACACAGAAGAAACCAAGGCUUUCGGUAUUCUGUUCAGAAAAGCAGUUGUAUGCUAUGCUUGUUGAUGAUCAGAACAAGAAGUGCUUAUUUUAUGGCAGCACUCUGCAGCAAUCAGUCCGUGAUAGCCCUACAUGUACAACCAUUCGAGCAGCACAACGCGUUGGUGAAGAGCUUGUAAAGACGUGUACCGAUCUGGGAAUUGAUGAAAUCUCAUCUUAUGAUCGGAAUGGGUUUUCCCGAGGCGCAAGAAUGGAAGCAUUUGAGAUUGCAUUAUCUUCUCAUGGGUUUUUGUUUCGGUAGACUUGUAUCUUAUUUGAGCCUGCAACAUUGUAAAAAAAUUAAUCAAAUUUCUGCUUUUGUUAGCUCUAUUGGCUUGUCUGUCAUAGUAUGUUCAAAAUGGUAAUAUUAAUAUUUUUAUGUACCUCCUCUAUCCCCCACGAGACUUUGCUAACAUCACUUUCUUAAGUGUCCCAAGAAAAUUACUGUGUUUAUUUUCUAGUAGGUUCAGUUUUUACAAGUAUGUGAUUGCUUUCAAACAUCAUUUGAAAUAAUUUAUAGUUCUAAUUUGGGCAUACAAGAUCUGUUUUGUUCAAUAGCAGAGAAGGAGACCAAGUCAUCGGUCAUGUAGAGAUUGAUUCCUAUUAGCUCUCUCAGAUGCCGGGUUAACUUUUGGAACAUCAUGGAUGCAGAGAGCAUUUAGUAGAUUGUCUACAAAGUAAAGUGAAAGAUUGAUGGAUUAAGAUAGAGUAUGGAUUAAGUUUGCAGUACUUUUUAAUAUGAUUUCGUAAAGGUCAUGUUCGUACUAUAAGAUAGUUGUUGAAGAGGACAGAAUAUCAUCCCUGAAGCCAUAUUUUUCAGUCCCAAAGAUGAUGAGCCUAAUUGGAUGAAUCUGUAGUGGAAGAUAACUUGCUGUGCCAAAAAGGAUUCAGUGGUGGCCCAACUUUUAGAACAAACAAUACUCGUGAGAUACAAGAACUGGAGGCUUCAAAUAUACCCUAUAGGUUUUCAUAUGAUGCAGACACAGGGCAACCAUUGAAGACCAGACCUUUUUGUUUAUAGAAAAUCAAGACAAAAAGAGGCCACCACAAAAAUGGGCAUAACUUUUGCUAGAAGGCUCCGUUUUGGGCGUGUGACCAGUCAAAACGACCGCAGAAACGAGACGCAUCAAGCUGCAAACCGCCAGUCGACCUUCGAGCCCCGAAAUGGCCUUUUUCUAUGAGUUUUGGACCAUUUUGUAUGUUUUUCGGUUUUUUUUUGACUUUCUUUUGGUUAUAACUUUCGGCCCACUUGUAUUUUAGGGCCCAUUCGAAAUUUGCAGCUUUAUUUAUAUGUAUCUGGACAUGGGGAAAUGAUCAGUUUAUGAUAAAUCAAAAAUUCAUUUUUUUCCUAU